CAGACGCGAACAUACAACGGUGCUGCGCUGCGCCUUCGCUAUCUGUCAAUUUCAUUUACCAAAGUUUGGCAUGAAGCACGCCGCGCUUCAAUGAUGCUUGCGUAACUAUGGCUGACUUUAGCGACGAUGAUGAAGAUGAUUUCGUCCCAGUCUGCCCAACCAAACGUCGACAGCCCCUUCAGCCUGCGGCUCGCGAUGCCAAGGUACACCGCCGCGACAGCGCGCCCGCAAAGCUUGGCAGCAAGUCAGCUUCCAAGACUUCAGCUGUUCGCGGGGCCAUCUUACCGGGCGGGCUUCCGGGGCCGUCAGCCCAUGGGGCCGACGACUCGUCAGCGCGCGCCCCUCUCAGCUGCAUUGCCGGAGCCGCGUCGCCCUCUCCAAGCGGCUUGAAUGGAGGCUAUCUGUCGCUGCAGCGCAGGGAUGCGGUGCCCUACCCUGCAGCCGCCCGCCGCCCGGAUGCCGCCACCGCCGCCACCGCCACCACCGCCGCCACCGCCGCCAGCACCUGCGCCUGCCCGGUGUGUGGCGCCGACCUGGCGGCGCUGUCGCACACCGCCACCGGGAGGCAGGCGCACGUGAACGCCUGCCUGGACGGCCUGGACGGAGCGGCGGCGGCGGCGGAGGGCGGCGGCGGCGGCGGCGGGAGCGGAGGGGGCGACAGUGAAGGCGGAGGCGGGGGAGGCGCCGCGGCGAGCCGGGCGGCCGAGGUUGUGGACAUGGCGGAUGAGGAGGAUGACGCGGACUGGUUGCAGGUGGUGGAGGCCAUGGAGGUGCAGGAGGAGGAGGUGGAGGAGGUGGAGGUGGUGGAGCGGCAGGAGCAGCAGGGGCAGGGGCAGCAAUCGGCCGCGGCAGCAGCAACGGGUGCUGCGGCAGGGGCCACCACUGCACGACCGCCGUCGCCUCAGCAGCCACCUCGGCAAGGGAGUGGGUUGGAUGCAGCAGGCGGCGGGGAGGCGGAGGAGCAGCGGGAGCAGGAUGGCGGGGGCGGAGGGGCAGGGACGGAGGCGGCGGCGGAGGCGGAGGAGGCAGUAGCAGAUAUCGAGGAGGCAGUCGCAGACAUGGAGGCGGAGGGGGAAGACCCCAUGUGCGCACAGCUGCCUCCCGACUGGGACUUGGAUACGGGGGGCGAAGGGCUGCAGGGGGUGGAGGAGGGGCAGUGGCAGAGAUGGCAGCAGCCGCAGCAGCAGCAGCAGGAGCAGCGGCAGGACUGGCAGGUGAUGCAGGAUGGCUUUGAGCAGCAGGACAGGCAGCAGCAGCAGCAGCAGCAGCAGCAACAACAGGAACACGAGGAGUGCGGCGGCGGCGGCAGCCCUGCAGCGGAGGACGGACAAGGAGAAGCGGGAGACGACGGCGCGGAUGACGACGAUGACCCGAUAGCUGCCUGGUUGCGGCGUCACGGUCUGUCUGACUGGCUGGCCCGCUUCCGUGACGGCGAGGUGGACGAGGGGCUGGUGGGGCAGCUGGACGAGGCAGACCUGCAGGGCCUCGGCAUCGACUGCCCGGCCACACGCGCCGCCAUCCUAGCUGCCCUGCCCGACUUUGAUGCCGCGGCACCGGCGGCAGGAGCAGCAGCAGCAGGACUGGCAGUAGGUGGGCUCGACUCGCCGGGGCCGUGGCAGCAGCAGCAACAGCAGCAGCAACCAAAGCAGCAGCCGCACCUGCACCCACAGCAACACCAGCAGCAGAACCCGCACAGCCAACACCAACACCAACGCCACCCUCACAAGCCGCCGCCGCCGCCGCCAUGGCACGGCGCGCCCGGCCCGGCCCAGGCGCCCCAGAGACACCCGCAGGGACUCGCACACCCUCACGGCGGCCUUCCAGCUGCAGCCAUUGCUACAGCCACUGGUGCUGCCACUUCUACAGUCACUGCUGCAGCCCCUGCUACAGCCGCUGCUGUGCCGUUCUCCUCCAUGUUCAGGGCCAACCCCGCCGGCCCCAUCCGCAUCACACAGUACCUGGCGGGAGGCGGGGCGGCUGUAGCAGCGGCUGCAGCAGGCGGGGGAGGAGGAGGGGGAAGGGCGGCUGCCAUGUUUGCUGGCGCCGGCGGGAUGCCCGGGGCUGCAGCAGGCGGCGGCCGGGGCAGCGCAGUCGGCGGUGCCGGUCGCGGCAGCGGUGGCGGUGGUGGCAGCGGCGGUGGCGCUGGCGGAGGGAGAGGCGCCGGCGGCUGGAAGGGGGGCCACGGCGGCGGCGCUGCCGCCGCCGGGGCGGCAGCAAGCGCGGGAGCGGCAAGGGCCGGCGGCGGCGGGGGCGGGGUAGCGGCGGCGGGCGGCGCGGUGACGUCGCUUCGCUCUGUGCCCGUGUACCACACCAUACCCGGGACACGCCUCCUGGUGGACUACUUCAGCCCCGCCAGCCGCGCCAUACCCGCCGCCCUGGCGCCCUACCGCAUACUCACACACUUCCACGCAGACCACUACAAGGGUCUGACCAAGUCCUUCAGCGGCGGUGUGGUGCUGGCCUCCCCCGUCACCGCCCGACUGGUGGCGGAGCGGCUGCGGCUGCCAGCGGCGCGGCUGCGCACCCUGCCCAUGGACACGCCUGUGACGGUGGACGGCGUGACGCUGACGCUUGUGGAUGCCAACCACUGCCCCGGCGCUGCCAUGUUCAUUGCCGAGGUACUGCCGCCGCCGCCGCCCACACAGCAGAUGCAGCAGCAGCAGCAGGCGGGGGCUGCCGGGGUGGGGGGCGGCGGCCCACCUCCGCCUCCGCCUCCCCCGCCUCCGUCUCGUCCUCCUCCUCCGCCGCCUCCUCCGGUGUUGCACACGGGCGACUGCCGGCUGUCGGAGCACGUGAAGCAGCACCCCGCGCUGCAGGCUCUUGUGGGGCGGCGCUGCACGCUGGUCCUGGACACCACCUACGCCGACCCCGCCUACGUCUUCCCGCCGCAGCAGGACGUGCUGGACGCAGUGCUCACAGCAGUGCGGGCGGAGGCCUUCAACAAGAGGGCUCUGUUUGUGUUCGGCACCUACACCAUUGGCAAGGAACGCCUCUUCCUGGAGGUGGCGGCGGCGCUGGGGCAGAAGGUGUACUGCUCCAAGGAGAAGGCGGCCACCUUGUCGGCGUGUGGCCUGGCGCCGCGCUACUCUUCCCUCAUCACCACAAACCACCUGGAGGCCAACAUACACGCCGUGAGUGUGCGGGUGGGAGGGGGAGGGAGUGGGGUUGUGAAUACCAGCCCAAACUGAACCAGACCAAACUAGCCUAAGCU